UACGCAUUCCUUCCAAUGCCAAGUUUUGGAAGGGAACGCUGCCACUGCUGCUUUUCAGUCGAGCUAAGCGCGUUAUCCAAUUUUCUCGCGCGCCUCCGUUUCCUUGACAGCGGAGUCCGAGCAAUGGCUGCUACGCUCUUCGCGUUGGACGCCGUUACCCGGCCGGCAGAAGCGUCUUUGGUCAACGUGCGGCGCAUGCGCAAGCGUAGAGUGCUGUGCCGGAAGCCGGAAGCGGCGGAGGGGAAUUGCUGUUUUGGUUUUCGGAGUUUUAAAGAUCCUUUUCAGCCACGGAGGGUUUUAAAUCGCUUUUCUAGCCUUUCCUGGUCCCGCGUCGCCAUGGAUGCGCGAGCGCGAGCCAAACGCUACGAAAAACUGGACUUCCUGGGUGAGGGCCAGUUUGCUACUGUUUAUAAAGCAAGAGACAAGAACACAAAUCAAAUUGUUGCUAUUAAAAAAAUAAAACUUGGACACAGAUCAGAAGCUAAAGAUGGUAUAAAUAGAACAGCGCUUCGAGAAAUAAAACUGCUGCAAGAGCUUAGCCAUCCAAAUAUUAUUGGACUUCUUGAUGCAUUUGGACACAAAUCAAACAUCAGUCUAGUGUUUGAUUUUAUGGAAACUGAUCUAGAGGUUAUAAUAAAGGACACUAGUCUUGUUUUGACACCUUCCCACAUCAAAGCAUAUAUGCUGAUGACACUUCAGGGAUUAGAAUAUUUACACGAACACUGGAUUCUUCAUAGGGAUCUUAAGCCAAAUAAUUUGUUGCUGGAUGAAAACGGAGUUUUAAAACUAGCUGAUUUUGGUUUGGCAAAAUCUUUUGGAAGUCCAAACAGAGUUUAUACACAUCAGGUAGUCACAAGGUGGUAUCGAGCACCUGAAUUAUUGUUUGGAGCUAGAAUGUAUGGAGUGGGUGUGGAUAUGUGGGCAGUAGGCUGCAUCUUGGCUGAAUUGCUUCUAAGGGUUCCAUUUUUGCCAGGAGAUUCUGAUCUGGAUCAACUCACCAAGAUUUUUGAAACCCUUGGUACGCCAACAGAAGAGCAAUGGCCUGGUAUGACAAAUCUUCCAGAUUAUGUUACUUUUAAAAGUUUCCCUGGAAUGCAGUUUCAGCACAUCUUCAGUGCCGCCGGUGAUGAUUUGCUGGAAUUACUGCAAGGCUUAUUUCACUUUGAUCCUUGUACUAGGUUCACAGCUAGUCAGGCACUGAAACAUGAGUAUUUUAGCAAUCGACCAGCACCAACACCUGGAAGUCAAUUGCCAAGACCCAACUGCCCUGCAGAAGCUUUGAAAGAGCAACAAAAUCCUGUUCCUAAUUUAAAAAGGAAAAGGAUGGAUGGAAAAGAUCAAGGGUUACCCAAAAAACUGGUUUUUUGACAACUAUGGGAAAUGAGGAUCUUGAACAUUUCUGCUGCUAUGAUAUCUAAAAAGACCAAAUUUGAGAACUGAGAGAUGUCAAUUAAAAAUAGGAGAAUGCUAUGUUUGUAAAUGUAUGUAAUAUGUAUGUAGUAUUUCAAUACAUCAUAACCAUGUAUUUUAUUACUUUUUUUAUAAAAAAAAUAAAAAUACAAAAAAAUGGUGUGCUGAGUAAAAAUGUUUUAAGUGUAAAUACAUGAAUGAACUGGAAAAUUAUAAAUUGCAAAUACAAAGAUUACAAAUGAAAUUCUUUUUCCAAAUAUGCCUGUUAGGCAGAGACAAGGCCAAAAUAUUUUGUUCUAACAAUAUGCUUCAGUACAUAGGAUAAAGCUGCUUGCUCCUUGAGAAACCUGACUUCCAAGCAGAAACUCAAAUACUUUGAAGACAUGAUGUUGAGCAGAUGUUGAAUUAGAAUGUAGAAUUAAAAAUGGAUUGAAAUAAAGACCAUAACAAUUAAUAACAUAAGUUACCGAAAAUCAAAGAGAUUACUGGAAUUUCCAUUUAAAAAACUGUGGACUUGUGUAUUUCAUAAUAAUUUUAUGCUUCCCAUUCAAAACAAAGAACAAAAACUCUUAUAGUUACAAUAGGUGCAUAUAUCAUUUUGGGUCACUGAAUCUUCAAAGCAUUCUUAAAGGCCAGCAGAUUCAGGAAUUUACAAUAUGGGGAGGCAAAGAGGUUAUUCCAUGGGUCACCGGGGGGGGGGGAGCAUGGUAACUAAAGAUAGAUGGUUCCACAAACAUCCAGAAGCCAUUAGUGAUGUUACAGGAGGAUAUCUAGGUGAACUAACUGCAGUUUCUGAGUAGUUUGCAACGGUUGUCCCAGGUACAAUGCAGUAGUGUAGAUGAGAAAUAAGACACGAGUGACUGAAUAGCAAUACCAAAUUCAGGAAUGUGAAAAGUUGGGAUAUAACCUCUGAUCACCUUUUGCAACCUUCUGACAAGCAAUGUCGAUCCGGAAGCCAGAUUCACUUAACAACUGUGAU